GGUUCUUUUCCAGCCGGUGCUUCCGAGUGCCAGCUCUCCAGCCCGACACUUUGGACUCCGACAGCCCUCUCCGGACCCGUCUCUCUUCUGUAGCCCACUGACCACGUGGCCCUCCAGGCUCAGCCUUCCCAGUCAUCUGACUCAACUCCACCCUCAGCACAAACGGAUCUUGCAACUGCAGCAGCAAAGCCAAACAAGUCCCCCAGUCAAGAAGCCUUGGUCUCCGCAGCCAGACCCCUAUGCUAGCCUCAUGAGCCGCAAGGAGAAGGACUGGGUGAUCAAAGUUGAGAUGGUUCAGCUGCAGAGUGAGAACCCCCACCUGGACGACUAUUACUACCAGGAAUACUAUCGGAAGCUAGAGAAGAAGCAGGCAGAUGAAGAGCUACUUGGACAAAGGAACAGAAUUGAGACUUUGAAGCUGGUGACACCUUACAUCCAGAAGGCAGAGGCUUAUGAGUCUGUGGUUCGAAUUGAGGGCUCCUUGGGUCAGGUAGCUGUAUCAACGUGUUUUAGUCCUCGCCGAGCUAUUGAUGCUGUAUCCCUUGGAACUCAAGAGCAGGAAACUGGAGCUGCGAGCAGUCAGAGGCUUCGAGUAUUAUCCCGGAUUGAGAAGAUGUUUCUUCAAUUACUAGAGGUAGAGGAAGAGCAGAAGGAUGGGCCUCCACAGCCCUGCUACUCCGGGCAGAAGAGCUACCAGGUUGAGAAGCUCUUCCAGGCCUUAAACAUUCAGGAACAGGACAACGUGGAGGAGGCAGCAGAUAGCUUCCUGCAGGUACUGUCUGUGAAGAAGGGGAAGACCUUGGUGGCCAGGCUGCUCCCCUUUCUUCCUCAUGAUCAGGCUGUUAGUCUUCUUCUGGCUAUCAUCCACCACCUGCCCAUCCUUGUUCAGAGAGACAUGGUGGACCAGGCCCUACACAUGUUAUUCAAGCCUCUGUGCAACUGUAUCAGAAACUUAACCUUCCGUGAACUUCUCCAAGGACUUCAGGGGCUAAUGUUGCUGCCAUUUGGCUCCUCAGAGCGUCGCAUUGCUAUGGUACUUCAGAACCAGUUUGGAAUAUCCUUGCUUUAUGCUUUACUGAGUCAUGGAGAGCACCUGCUAUCCCAGGAUUCUUCCCUUGAGGAGCUUGGUGAUCACACAGCUUGGACAGAGUUGGUGGUUCUGAUAGCCUGGGAGAUAGCCCGAAUUCCUGCAGCCUCCCUGGCAGAACCUCUAGCCUUUCCCUGCAACCUUCUUCCCCUGUUCUGUCACCAUGUGGACAAACAAUUGGUUCAACAACUGGAGGCCAGGAUGGAACUUGCCUGCAUCUCCUGAUGUUCUAGAAUAUGUGAGAAGUUUAAUCAUUAUACACCAAGCUAACUGAAUUGUCUACAGGGAUCCAGAGUCUGAAGACAUUGCUUAUGCCUUAAUAUCCAAACCAUUUUUAUAUCCUUUUCUUAAAAUCUAAAUGAUGUGCCCCAAAAUAAGGUGUGGCUGAAG